CUUGGUCUUCAUCAGUGACAGACUCCAACAGCAACAACAGUCGUCGGAGAUGGGGAGCUUUGUCAACGAAGUCUGUUUUUUCUCCUGCCUUUUCCUUCUUGCCAUGUUUCGCCCUGGACUGCUGUCUGGCGUGACUGAGGGCCUGGAAGUUCCAGGACGGAAACACGAGACGGACAACGUGGUGGACAGAAGCAGUGGCGCCCCUUGCGGGUGUAAGACAGUGGAUAACCCUCUCAGUGCCCUCGGCACGGUCCUCAACUCCAUCUGCAGCGCCGUUGAAACCAAUUCCAAUGCAGCAAAAGCUGCAGAAAGUAAGAUGGCCGCCAUGGAGGCUAGGGUCGCUUCCAUUGAAAAAGAGUUAGAGGUAAAGUUUGAACAGUGUCAAACGAACCUCCAUGUGUUACUUGAUCACGUGACAGCCAACUUUUCGUCCUUUGAAGACAGCUUGAGAGCUUCUAAAUAUCAAGUGGGGUUCACAGUGAGAUUUUCCGCUGAUCCGGUGACUAACGUUGGAGCCAACGCCAUUUACCAGUUCAACAAUGUCAUCACAAAUGUCGGUAACGGCUACAACCACCAGACAGGUGUCUUCACGGCCCCUGUCGCUGGACUGUAUGCGUUUCACCUCAACAUCAUGGGCACGAACGAGAGCCCGGCCGUCCAUCUAGCCAUCGAGAAGGAAGGGCCAGAGGUCAUCGGCCACGCGUGGGCAGAAGGAAGCACCGACAACUACGACCAGGGCUCUACGACGGUGGUUGUCUCCAUGCAACAAGGGCAGCAAGCGUGGGUUAGGCACCAAGGGGGUAACACUCACAUCAGGGGAAGCAACUGGUCGGCGUUCACUGGGCUGCUUGUGCAGACUCAAUAAACAAACUGGGUAACUUCAAAACUAUAUUCAACUCCCAGGUUUUUUCCUUGCAUUUUUCACUCAAAUAAUUUUCUUUUCCCACAUUUAAAUAUUAGGUUUAACCACGUUUCAUUAUAGCUCACGUGAAGUGGUUUUUUAAAAAAUGUUUAUGAUUUAUAUAUACAGAAAGAUUUAUCUCGUAUUAAGAAUUUUAUUUUGCCAGCAAGGUUGCAUUCGAACAAAGAGAGCAUAAGUGAAGGAAAUAUUCGCGAAGAAUUCAAAGCAUUUCAUCUGACACAAAUAAAACAAUUGACAGGAACACUGGACAUAAAUUAAAAAAAAAAAAAUUAAAGCCAUGAAUAACGGUUGUAUGAGUUUAGGACGAGAAGUCCAUUUUAUUAACUGUUGUUUACAAGUGGAGCUUUACAUGCUUAAUAAUUAAAAUCAUUUCUAUUUGUUAAAAAUCUGAGAUCCUAAGAAUCGGUGUUCUGUUUUGUUAAAAUAUCCCCAAAUGGUCCCCAUUGAUAAUUUACCGGCCUGUCCUGUAAAUAUUUGAGAGUAAGGCUACCACCAGGUCAUAAAUACGGAUGUCUAGCCACUGUCUGCGAAUAGCAGAUUACCCAGACCAGACUGAAUAGGAGAUAGGGUAUAGGUGCUUUAUGAAUACGAGCCCUGGACAGUGGCAAAAUUAUUCAUUGGAGAUUCCAGGCUGCCUCAGAAAACCUCAUCCGCUAACGAAACUCCACGCAAUCGUCUUACCAGGGUGGUGUCCUGCGAAUUAAUAGCAAGUAACUCGCCUUUUUGAUUUUUUUAGCUGGUUUUUGUUCUCAAAAUCAUCUUCAUAGUAAUAAUUCAUCGGAGCACUUAAAAACCGUCAUAGACUUUUAUUCUGAUAUUACUGAAAAACAUUUUAUCGCAACUGCCUUUAAAGACGAGAAUAACAAAUUGAGAGAAACUCAUUCUGUCAUUUGUUGCAAAGACGCCAUGCUGUCAUCUAGUUGCCAGGGUGAUCAUCUUUCAGAGAUGGAAAAUGUCUUUAGGAGAGGACACAAGAACGAUAAUUUCGUUCUUUUCAGUUUUCCAAGCAAAGGUUACAGAACUUGCGGCAGUACUUGAAACCGAGGUCGUCGUGACAGAUAGGAAGUGACGUCUCGUUCAUGAGCAGACAACCCCGCAGAGUCAGUCGGUCGUUGCAGACGUUUGGAUGUAACGUAGCUAAGGGAGAUAAUUAUAAUCAGAGCAGCAUUCAAACGUCAGCAAUCUAGCAAUGUUUGAAAUUAAAUGUAUUUAAUAAAAACGUAUUAUGGGAUGCAAAUAAAAGAAGACAAUGCAAGGGAAAUAAAAUAAAUUGUGAAGCAGA